GGUACACUCUUUCUUGUACCCGCGGCCCGAAGUGAGUUCCCAGUCGGCGUUUCAGCUUUUUCCAGUUCUGUAGAAGACAUGUUGGCACUUCGAAAGCAGAAUAACCGAUCAGAUUAGAUCGUACCCCGGGCGAAGAAAGAAAGCCUUUCUCCGUCUUCCAGUCCGUGUGUUGCGUCUGCCACUUGGGUACGGCGCGUUCUUCGGUUUAGUCGCGUGUGCAAGCGUGCGUUUCGAUUUUUUUUCUAGGGUUUUAAGGUGCCUUGAUGCGAAUAGUGUGGAAGAUCCUGAGUGAAGGGUUGGUUCUAAUAGUUCGUGUUUUGUUCUACACAGGACUACAACACCGAACGCUGAGUGACAAACAAGGAUAACGGAUAGUACAAAUGUGAAGGAUUUGUUUAUUUCAAAAAAAGGAGCCAGCCAUUAAAACUAAAAACUAAGUGCAGGAUUUUUGGGACAUUUAUCGCAUAUAUGAGAAGUCAAAAGUGAGACAAAAAUGCCUACUAAAGCGAAAAUGGCUUUAUCGAGAUUUGUGAUAGCAGCCGUUGAUUUGUUGGGCCGUUAAGGUAUAGAAGAAAAAAAACUAGUGCAUGUUGUUGCUGAUAUUAUCCGCUGCUAGAAUCUGCGUGUAAGAAAGGCCAGCAGGAAAAAAGACCAGUCUCCAGAGGCCUAGCAGAUCUAAAACAGUUAUAAACGAAUUCUUGUUUUCUGUGUCACUUCUUCCCCUGUGGGUUCGUGCGUUUUGCUCGGACGAAGCGAUCUUCCUCUUGAUCAUCGUCUCCAUUAACUACAUCUCUGCAGCCUGUGAAGCAAAAGCUUGGUCGUCAAUAGUGAAGUGAACUCUAGUGAAAGAGGAAAAUAGACGGAGAGAAACCGUAAAUCCAAGCGCAGAGCAGCGCAGUGGAGAAAAAAAGAUCGAGUUAAAUUAGGACACUGUCGCGUGUGUUCUUUACCUAUUUUGUGUACUUGUGUGUGAACUUAAAGACAAAGUGCAGAAACUAUUCAAAUACGCAGUAGCAGAAUAGUCGAAAGUUCCAUACAUAAAUCUGAUUUGCAAAAAUAAGAAGAAAAAAACCCUUCCCGUUUGUUAUCGAAAUGUCCCAGACAAUGAACACUGGUGGAAAUACUAUGGUGAAUAGUAUUGGGAGCAGCAUCGGAAAUAAUCUUGCUACUAGCACCAACGGCCCUGGAAUGAUCGUUACUAACAACGGGCCCAAUAACACGAUGGGAAACUCAACGCCAGCCACACCGACCAACAAUUGCCAGUCGAUCAGAUAUUGCUGGGAAGCGGACAAAGUGAAAACACUCAUCCGACUACGCGCAGAGCUGUCACCACUAUUCACCGGCAAGCGAAAUGCCUCCAAAUACGCGUGGGCAGUCGUCGAACGCGAACUGAGUGUGCCUUUGCCGAUUUCAAAAAUCAUCAAAAAAUGGAACAACCUGCUGCAGGAGUACAAGGCCAUCAAAAUGUCGGAGGAGCCAAAGCGCCGAGAAUGGCCCUUCUUCAACUUGAUGGAUGUGUACUUCAGCGAUCAGGUGAACGAUCCCACCCUUCGUCUUUUUUCCUCAACCAAACGGUUCGAUUCGGACACAUUAGAUGAUGCCCAGUUCGACGAUGAAAUUAUGAACCAGACAGCUGCGGUGGCCAUUGCUGCCGCAGCGGCUGCCUCUGCUGCCGCAGCAAAUGCCGCUAGUCAACACAAAAUUAAAGGAGAAUUAAUCCACGGCCACAGCGGUGGCAGCAUGCUAGACAUCUCGGACAUAAUUGAGGAUCAUCUGGGCAGCGGGGACUCCAAGUUAGACCAGUUCAAGAGAGAAAUUGUGCUCAGCCAGUUUAGCAACGUUUCGGAACGAAGUAACAGUAACAGUCGAAAGGAGAAAAAUAACAACAACACCAAUAGUAACAAUAACAACAACAGUAAUAGUAAUGUCAACUCCAAUAACAACAACGCCAAUAACAGCAGCAACAACGGCAACGCAACUAACAACGGUGGCAACAGUUACAGGGAAAAGGAAAAACAGCUCAUCGAAAGUUUAAGUCAAAGUCCCGGGACAGGUCACAUAACCAACGGUGGUGGCAACAAUGGCAGUCCCGAGAGUAAUAGUUUGAACAGUAGUCCAGCCAGCCAUGUCAGUAGUACCAACGGGUCCAAAAUGACUAACGGUCCUUCGACAAAUGCGAAUUUCAAUGCCCUGUUGGCAGCCGCUAGCAGUACUCACAAUGGGAGCACCCUGCACAGUAACAGUAGUAGUGCGAUUAGCAGCACAGAUCGUGAUACUGACUACGACGACUAUCCGAAUGAUAGAGAUGGCAUGUAUGACGGGGGAAGUACAAAUUUGAAAAAUCUCAACCAGAAACUCCUGCACCAAAUGAAUGAACAUCACAACAUUGAUCAGUACCUUCUAUCCUGGCGUGGCUUCCACGGAAACAUGUGCAAGGGCUUUCACAGCCUGCAACGCGACGGCCAGAUGGUAGAUGUGACGAUUGCUGCCGGUGGAAAAAUCUUCAAAGCCCACAAACUGGUUCUGUCCGUAUGCAGUCCAUAUUUCCAGAAGAUUUUCCUCGAACACCCAUCACAGCACCCAAUCCUGUUCAUGACUGACGUAAAUGCACACCACAUGGCCGGUUUGCUCGAUUUUAUGUACAGUGGACAGGUAAACGUCAAAUAUGAGGAUUUGCCAAACUUUUUGAAGGUAGCGGAAGCUCUGCAAGUGAAGGGAUUACAUGGAGAGAGUACCAACGAUAAUGAAGAACGUGAUUAUCAACAACAGCAGCAGCAACAUGCCCUCCGCCUUCAAGAGCAACAACGUCUGUAUCAGCAACAACAGCAGCAACAGCAAAAUAUGGUUCAUCAUCAACAAAAUUUGGCCCAUCAGCGACAGCAACUAAUUCAAGCAGCUCAGCAGCAAGCACAAGCUGUUGCUCAUGCCCAGCAGCAGCAGGCCGUUCAACAAGCUCAGCAAGCCGCCGCUGCCGCUGCCCAACAGCAACAGCUGGUCAGUCGCAAUAGCUUCAAAGAGCUGAUGAAGGCCAAGCACGCAGCCGCUGUUGCCGUACUGAACGAAGAUUACUUGAACAACAAUGCGAACACUAUCAACAAUAAUAAUAAUACAACCACGAGCAACGCAAACCUCAACAACAACCUCAGCUCGAUAAACAACAACAACCUCUCCCAAUUCGGCGUCCACCAGGUAAAUCCGUCAAAGAAAAUGCUCGACAAUCAGAAAUACCAGAAGUAUUACUCGAAACGAAAGCUGGUCCAACAGUACGAACAGGAAAUGCGAGCGGAAAAGCGAAAACUGGGCAUUGAGGACGUUAUACAAGCGGCAGCUGCAGCAAAAGCACUGAAUCUGCGGUUAAACAACGGUGGAAUGGCAAGUCCUGUAGGUCCUGGGACGCCAACGCCAAAUCCUCCGGAAACACCAACAAAUGGCAGUGCUAGUGGAACUGACGAAGAGCAACCAGCGUUAAUACAAAACAUCAAAUCCGAACCCAAUUACGAUGAGGACGAAGGCAUGGAAGUGGAUCAGGAACACCAUUCAGCAGCCAAUAACAAUAACAACAACAACAAUAACAACAACAACAACAGCAUCAAUAACAACAAUCACGAUGAGGACUACUACAGUCAGCGCGACUCGGUUAUCGGUAAAUCGAUCAAACAUUCCAUACUCGAGCCAAAUAUAGUAUUAAAGCAGAGCGAAGAGUGUCUCAAUACAAACAGCCAGACGGGUAGUCUUAAUUUGUGCAAGAACGUCAGCUAGAAAAACAGAUGCUGGCAACGGACGGCAAUGUGGCGUGAAUGGGAAUGACUGGUAGGCUGGAAUGUGUGCCCACGUCAGUUUGUAUGGAAGGCCCAUAAAAACCGUUUUUUCGGGCGUGUAAUAUUAAUUAUUUAUUUAUUUUUAUUAUUGUUGUUAAAGUUUUCCGUACAGAUAACAAGCGGAUUUGUAGAUACAGUUUCAUCCAUUUUUUCUCUCAUUUUUUUCUAGUGUAUCUUUGUCAUUUAAUUUAUUAAUUGCUUAGCACGUAAGUUGUAAGAAGUGAUCGUAUAUACUGUUUCGUCUAUUGGCACAAUCGAAACUUCACAGAUAAAACAUUCAAUAACACUAACGCGAGGUACUGACAAGGUUUAUUUAUUCAUAUAUUUCUGUUUGCUUCAUACUCCUACAUGUUGUUGAUUAUUAUUGUAAGUGGGAUAAAUCAUUGGGUAAAACCUCCUCUUGUCUUUAUUGAUAUGAUAUAUGACAUAAGUGAAAGCAUGUGUAUGCUUUGUGUGUAAUUGUGCGCUUACAAGAAUAGGAAUAAUCAUAGAAAAGGCAAAAAUGAAAAUUGAUCUUCAAAUAUCAUUUUUUUUCCUCACCUGAUAAUUUGUGAUCUUCAAUCGUUGCGAAAUCAAAACCAUACGGCGUGGUAAAGGUGCCACGCAGAACGUAAAUUUGAACAUGCAAGUUCAUAUAGGUUGUAUCAAAGCUAAACACAUUUUAAUGAGGCAAAAAUAAGGUGUGCAAAACUCAGGUUGUAUUUAUCUAGUUCUUGAUUGUUUGAGAAAAGAUGUAUUAGGGUUCGUUGCCGGAACAGAAAUGCUUCCGUUGACAUCAGUUUUUGUUUUGUUGGCUAUUUAAAAAUUCUAUUUAGUUUAAUUGUUUUUUUUUUUUUAUCGCAGCUUCAAAACACAGCAGUGAUUCUGUGCAGUCUUAGGAGAAAUUAUCAAAUUAAAAGCCAUCCAAGUUUGAUUUGGGUCCAGGUUUCUAGACGACCACAGAGUCGCUGUAAAUCUUUAAAUAGUUCUAGAUGAUGAUCCUGCCAGUAUAAAAACAUUAACCUUUCGUAAAACAAGUAGUAACCAGAAAGAAUGGCAAACAACAAUCUGAAUACCAACUGCCAACUUAAGUGAACAGUGGCAUCUAUUGUGCAAUCAACCCAAUACGCGUUGUUGUGAGAAAAUAACAUGAAAAUAACUUAAUCCUAGCCUAGUGAUAUACGUGCAGAAAAAAAACAGAGAGAUUGAUGUUAAAGUUCUGAAAUAAUCUAGAAUUGGAACCGCGUGAUAACUUCGACUCUCUCUGAUAAUUAACCUGUUUGUUUGCAAGUGUGCUGAUGAGUUUAUUUGCUGUUGUCUUGUAUUCAUUUUCGCUGGCGUAUAUCAAGCUUUCCUUUUUUAUUUCGGGUUUAUUUAUUGUACCUUCCACUAUCGUCCUUCCACCGGUGUCCAGAUGGUUUCCCUUCUUGCUGUGUGUUUCAAGUCUUCAUAGCGUUAACAUAUGAUUAAGUCAAAUUUUCGUUUUCAUUACAAAACAAUAGCGGAAAAUGAAACAAAAAAUUCAUAUACAUAUACAUAGCAAAUGAGUGUAAUUCAAUCGUCGCUUAGACUAAGAGAGAUAUAGAGAAUUGAAAAAAAAAAAACAAAAUCACAAGUAAAAUAACAUGAAAAAUUUACUUAUAUGAGUGUUAGAUUUUUAUAAAAAUAUUGAUAUUUACAACAAUGAGGAAAAUAGUAAUGUGGAAAACAAUAAUGCAGUUUCACGUCCGAGUGGAGUGAACAGUUUACUCACAAGAGAAACGCAAAAACUUUACAUACCUUACCUGAAAUUAGUAAGACGAUGAGAGGACAACUAAAAUAUACUAAGUAUACACCGUAAGGCAUGCUAUGGCGAAAAAAUACAAUAAUUUUAGAGAAGAAAAACACAUCUAAAGAACAGACUACAUCAAACAAGUGGCAUCAGUUUGAAAUAGAGAGAAAACGAUCAAACUCAUAUAUGUUGACGCUGCUGAGUAUUUAAGGGUAUAUAUAACAACUAACAUAACUAUUUAUGUCCAUGUGUAAUAAAUAAGUGCAACAGAAAAAGCUAAAUAUUAUAUAAAUGCUAUUAUUGUAUGCAAGCAACAGACAAAUAAAAUGGGAAUUUUCAAAAAUAUAUUUCUAUAUUUGUAUUGUGUAGCGUUCAGAACGCAGUUGUUGAAACAGCACGCAAACAUGAAUCUAUAGGCCUAAUCGGGCGGGCAGUAUAACAGUAUAACAAGUGACCUCGUUGUCUUUUAGCAAGGGUCCCAGAACGAGAACGGUGCUCUGCAGCACCCAGUUUGUGCUCUAUUUUUUUUUUAAAGUAGAGUAUAUAAUAUAAAACAGACAACACUCUACAGCCGUGUAGGUACUGCAGCAACGAGAGCAUAAAGGGAAAAACUGUUAUAAUUUUUUGAAGCCCAACAAUCCGAGCAGCCAAGCUAAGACGCAGCAUACAGAUUAGAAAUAUACUGUCGCAGACUGUGAAUAAUUAACUACAAACAGACACGUACAUAGAAAAGUGAAGAUAACAAACAUAUACGAUUUUUUGUAGUUUACAACAGUACGUUAUGUUGGAAUUGCAGAAAUACAGAACAUACAACGGAAAACAAUGUUUAGACGAGAUUUUUUUUGUUAUAUUUUAUAAAUUAAAGUUUACUAUAAAUAUAUAUUCUAUAUAAUAAUA